CCGGAAGUAACCCCACUUCUUUCAAAUUAAAGGAAGAAAAACGUACCAUAUUGGGUGGAAAGGACAAUACUCGGUAGAUUAGAACAUGAUCAAUGUAAUUGAACGACAUAAUUUGAUAAAACUCGAAAACGCUAAUUCAAUGUCUUAUUACUUUGUUCGAAUAUGGAGACUGUAUUUUGAAAUGCGCCACCGGAUGAGUUAUUUUGUAUGACAUCUAACUUAACGCUGAUGUGGCUAUACAAAACAUAUUAGAGCACAGAUUCGCGUUUAAAUCCAACUCCUUCGACAGCUUUCACGAGACGCCUGUACCAUUUGUAGACUUUGGAGCCAAGUCACGGGAUUAAACAUAAACAUAUAUAUAUAUAUAUAUAUAUACUCACAUAAUAUAUUAUAUGUAUAUAUAUAUAUAUAUAGUUUCGCUGCCUGUCGUUCCCUCUGGUCACUUGGACACUCCUUCAUUUUUGUUCGCUGGAUGUGGACCGAGUUCAGCCGGGAUCCCAGCAGACAAUCCCUGGUGGUUUGUGUAUAGAAAAUGGCAACUGCUCUUAGUGGCCGAAACCCCGGAGGACGAGGACCGAACCGAAGUAAGGGUCGGAUUUUAGGCAUCAUUGAUGCCAUCCAGGAUGCAGUGGGGCCACCGAAACAAGCAGUUGCCGACCGGCGGACUGUGGAGAAAACCUGGAAACUCAUGGAUAAAGUUGUUCGCCUCUGCCAAAAUCCCAGACUUCAGCUGAAAAAUAGUCCACCAUACAUCCUGGAUAUAUUACCUGACGCCUACCAGCACCUGCGGCUUACACUGGGCAAAUAUGAAGAGAAUCAGAGACUCACACAGCUCAGUGAGAAUGAGUACUUUAAAAUCUACAUCGAUAGCCUCAUGAGGAAAUCCAAACGGGCCAUCCGGCUCUUCAAAGAGGGAAAGGAAAGGAUGUAUGAGGAGCAGUCACAGGACAGGAGGAACCUUACCAAGCUGUCUCUGAUUUUCAGUCACAUGCUGGCUGAAAUCAAAGCCAUCUUUCCUGGAGGACAGUUCCAGGGUGACACUUUUAGGAUUACCAAAGCUGAUGCGUCUGAGUUCUGGAGGACAUUUUUUGGAGAAAAGACAAUAGUGCCAUGGAAAGUCUUCCGACAGUGCCUUCAUGAAGUGCAUCCCAUCAGCUCGGGCUUGGAGGCCAUGGCCCUCAAAUCCACUAUCGACCUUACCUGCAACGACUACAUUUCUGUGUUUGAGUUUGACAUUUUCACACGCCUUUUCCAGCCGUGGGGAUCAAUUCUGAGGAACUGGAAUUUCCUGGCAGUGACACACCCUGGCUACAUGGCUUUUCUGACCUAUGAUGAAGUUAAGGCCCGACUGCACAAGUACAUCGACAAGCCUGGCAGUUACAUCUUCAGACUGAGUUGUACGAGGCUGGGCCAGUGGGCCAUCGGCUAUGUGACCAAUGACACCAACAUCCUGCAGACCAUCCCCCACAACAAACCGUUGUUCCAGGCCCUCAUUGAUGGCUACAGGGAGGGCUUCUACUUGUUUCCUGAUGGUCGCAGUUACAAUCCUGACCUCACUGGUUUAUGUGAACCAACGCCUCAUGAUCACAUCAAAGUGACACAAGAGCAGUAUGAGCUGUACUGUGAGAUGGGCUCCACCUUCCAGCUUUGUAAGAUCUGCGCUGAGAACGACAAAGACGUCAAGAUCGAACCCUGCGGUCACCUUAUGUGUACUUCCUGUCUAACGGCCUGGCAGGAAUCGGAUGGUCAGGGUUGUCCGUUCUGUCGUUGUGAGAUCAAAGGCACAGAGCCUAUCAUUGUGGACCCCUUUGACCCACGCAAUGAGGGCAACAGGUGUUUUUUCCUGGACCAGCACAGCUGCCCGAUGCUGGAGCUGGACGAUGAGGAAGACAAAGAAGACUGCCUGGUCAUGAAUGGACUGGCCAACAUCAGGAAGCACUGUGCUGAGCGUCAGAACUCGCCCAUGGUGUCUCCCAGCUCUUCACCUGUCAACCAACACAGAAAGGUCCACGGAGGAGACCUCAGCCACUGUGUCCAGCACCUCGGCCUUCCCCCUGUCCCGCCACGACUCGACCUCAUUCAGAAGGGCGCCAUCCGCUCCCCUUCUGUCAGUCCCACCGUCUCCCCGAAGUCUUCACCAGGAAUGUCCAGGAAGCAGGACAAGCCUCUCCCAGCCCCACCUCCUCCACAGAGGGACCCACCUCCACCCCCUCCCCCUGAGCGUCCUCCUCCCAUCCCCCCAGAGUCACGUCACUCUUGGCUCCCUGCUUCCUCUCCCUUGACAUCUUCCAUCUCAUCUUCUACGGGCACGCUGUCAGAUUCCGAAAUGCCACCUAAGACACGAUGUCCCAAAGACAGUCACUUUGCAGAUGCCCACAGGACUGGAUCCGAGCACCCACUCCAGCUGGAACCCACAGGCCACUCUCACCUGAACGGAAGACCACUCAGUUUCCCGUCUGCUGGAUUUGGGAGGUUACAUCACAGAAUGGAGGGGUCAGGAACUUCAGAGAGCUCCAAACCUUUGUCGAAUGGUGUGCAAGUCAGCGACGAGUAUGACAUCCUUCCCUCACGGCACUCGCCAAAGCAGUCCACACGUGCCAGUAGCCAUAAAUCCUGCAACCCUUUCAGCAGCCCUGUGGGAGAACGACAGCGGGGAGUGAUGGAGAGAGUGGAGGACGACUAUCAGAUCCCUUCAUCCAACCUCUGCUUGAGCCAGGCUCCCAUCAGCAUCUCUGUACCCAGCAGGCACUCGGCGAACGGCUCUCCAGAGCCCUCCUUUAACGAGAAGCCCCCUGAGCCUGGCGGACACUCUGAGUCGGUCAGGGGGUUUGUCUCACGGGUGGCACAUACGGCCCUCUGCCCCUUCAACACCAACAAGAUACCUUCUGACUAUGACAUUCUGCUGCCCCCACAAGCAUUAGAAGACGCUCCGUCCCAGCCUCCUCCUCCACCGGCAAGACACAGCUUCACCGACCUCUCCUCCUCUUCUCCGCCCUCAUUCUGCAACUCCUCCACAUGCUCCUCUUCUGUCAGCGCACGACCACACAGGCCCUCCUCUGGACACGAGCACUUGCUGUUAACCCCCAGCACAGUGUUUGACAUUCUGAACAGUGCUGCUCCUCUGCCUCCAGUCCGACGACACGCAGAGCAUGAUAAAGGCUCCAGGGGCUGCCUGGAGUACGACCAUUUACCAGCCAAUCAAGUAUCAAUGGACUGUUUCCAGGCCCCUGCUAGGCCGCCCAAGCCACUGCCCAGGAAGAUCCCUCCGGAUAUUAAAUUGGGCAAACCCCAUAGCUUGGAGUCAGAGAACGUUGACGGCAAAAUCGCAAAGCUGAUGGGGGAGGGCUACUCCUUCGAGGACGUGAAGCGGGCAUUGAUGAUCGCCCAGUACAAAGUGGAUGUGGCCAGAAACAUUCUGCGUGAGUUUGCCUUAGUGGCCCCAAGACUGAACCUCUAGACCAAGAGACAGUAAAAGGGAGCACAACAUUGAAGCUGUGCCUCUGAAUGGACCAACUUAAAGGGCUCCUUCGUUCUGCUUGGCCUGGGACUGUUGGAACUACAGUAUUCACCAGACAUAUUUCAAAAGACUUGACUUGACAGAGAUGACAAUGCACAACAAAGUGGCUAAAACCAAAUCACAGUAGUACACAGAAUCAAAAAAGGGAGAAAAGACCAUCUGUGAAUGAUUUAAACCUGUGAAAAAAAGAACCCGGCUUGGUGUUGUUUACAGUGAUCUUUUUGCCGGUGCUGGCCUCAAGUUUUUAAAUGCUCUAGUCUGUCUUCAGGCCUGGACUGUGUGCCUGUUUUAAAGCCCUGAUCCUCCUAUUGCUGCCACGGUACCUUUCACACCCUGCCACCCUUCAGAUUUAUGGGGCCUUUAUUAGGGCCUUACAAUAGAACACAAUAUCUCCAGCUCUUUUCAGCUUACAUGUAUUUACAGACAAUGGGUGGAGCCAGACUACACCAUUUAUCUUCUCUUUCUCCUUUUGUUACUUUCUUCUUUUCAUAUUUAAUGUUUCUGUUUUACCGACUCCCCUCCUCUUCCCAUGUCCAUUGGCGAAUACUUCAGUGUUUGUCCAGGAUUGGCUGACUUAACAAGAUCUGGUGAGUUGGGAGCUGUUAGAUGAAGCCAGAGGAUGCCUUAUUGAUUCAUUUGGUUCCCCCAGACCUGGAGAAAACUACCACAGCUCCAGAGAAGCAGUUUUUGUUAGACUUUGUAUCUCUUUGGACAAGAAGAGUGACGCAUGGAGAGGGUGAAAGGCUUAGUUUUGCUCUUUGUUUCUGUUCCUUGACCAGAGGAUUAAUCAACUUUAUUCAUCUGAGGACAGCAAGCUGAUGAAUGUAUUGGUUCUGCAUGAAUGAGCUAUACCUUUGUACAAUUUCUCCCCGCCAAAAGCCAGAUGAUCGUGCCUGCAUUUCAGCUCAAGCAUUUAAAUGGCAGUGUAGAUCAGCGAGACAGAUGUUCUCCGUUAGAGCUCCAAAAACAAUGUGCCCGGCAGCCAUCACACUGCAUCCCCCCUGUCUCCGCUUCAAUUACACAGCCGUCAUAUGAACACAUUUCCCACAUGUUUGUGGAAUCUCUCGGUUUAAUUUGGAAUGAAAGUUACUUGAUGGCUCUGCAACAAUUGAAAAUUGUUCCCAAUGUAAAGUUGUAGAGUGAUCAAAGUAAAGACGAACAGAAUACUGCAGAUUCAAAGUAAGAGAUGAGAUGAAGUUUAAAGUAGCAUGCAAGAAGUUGCCAGACUGUUAGAGAUGUAGUUGUUGCCAUAAAACGGCUAUGUUUACCCAGCUAUUAUUCUCAGAAAGAUUCUCCGCAGUCCAAAUAUGGUCACUUAUGUUCACUGGUUGCACAAAACCAAGAUGGCAAUUACCCAAAUGUCAAAUUCGAGGCUUCAAAGCCGCAGCCCACAAAGCAAUGAGAUCAAUACGUAUGUCCUCUCCUUAUAUUAAAACCCUGUCGUAUCAUAUGAAUACUUCUAUUUCUUGUGCCAUCUUCUAUCUAGCGAUGUUGCUGGGUUUCCAGAACUCAGCAAUUUGGAGAGUUCAAUGUUAUUCUUGCAGAUAAAAAACUAAAUUAUCCUGGUUAAAUCUGACAAUAAGAUUGCUACCUGUAGAAGUUUAAAUGUGUUGAUUGAUGGCUGCUUCAGUCCCCCUAGUAGUAUUUGCUUCCAUAAAAGUUACAUAAUCAACGCUACUUCCUAACUGGUUACAGGUAGAUUAUUUAGUAAAGAAAUAUUUACAUAUCCAAAUGUAUUGUGUGGGAAAUGUGGGACAGAACAAUGUGAUGUGUCAAUAUGAUGUGGUUCUAACUGUGUCAUCCUAACUAAUGUAUAUAAGGACUGUAGUAACUUUUAUUCUAUUAGGAACAGUUAAUGCACGCUGUAGUGUGUGUGUGUGUGUGUGUGUGUGUGUGUGUGUGUGUGUGACACUAGCAGAGUCAGUCAUGGAGAUCCCACCGUCUUUUUAUUUCCAAGCUAUACCUCGGGACGAGCCGCAUGAACACACAGAUGCAUGGAAUUGACCCAUUUUCACCUCCAGGCUCUCUAUACUCAUACUCCAUUAAAUGGCUGUCAAAUUGUAUUUGAAAUUAUAUAUCGUAGUUUUCUCCACAGAGGAGCUUAAACAUGUUAAUGGUUUAAGGUCUCCUGGGUUUGAGGCUCCUCACUAAGCAGAUAUCACAGUGUGUCUGGUCAAACAUUUCAGUCUGGCUGGAAAUGAGAAGGCUCACUUGGAACAUCCUGAUAAUAUAGCAGGAGGAAAUGAUGAUAGAGCUCCCUGACUUUUAUUUUUACUUCCUUGUGUAUUCAUAAUGAGAGAGUGAAACCAAACGUGAAAGCACUUUCUGUACUUGAGUGGUGUUUUUGUGUGUUGGAAAAAGUCAGCCAUUUUAACUCCCUGUGUUCAUGUAGUGGGAAUAACACGUUUGGUGAUGGAGACAAAAUACCCAUGUGCUCAUAAAGUCCACAAUCUGGGAGGCACACAAUUGAUGAUGUAUUCCUUCAACUGCCAUUCUUUCCUCCCUUGAGCAGUACUAUAAAAGGGAACCCAACAGUGAACAUAUGAUGAUCUCGGGGCUUCAAACAACAGUCCAUGGAGAAUUAGUGAUAACAAGCAACGCUGUGUGCAAAGAGGACAGUCUGUGAACCCAGUCUCUAAUUUCUGUUAUCAUGCACAGUGCAGGCACAGAUUCACAAAACAUGUUUUACCCUAUAAGCCAUAAAAAUGUCAGCUAAACAAAAAACAUGAAAUUAAGCCCUUUGAUAAAGUCAUCUGCUCCCCUAAUUACCAUGGUUACAUGGUGAUUAUAUUUCAGCAUUUAGUUUAUAUUUAUUGUCACAAUUGACAAUGCUUUUCGUACUGAACCAGAAAAUCCUCAGAAAGAAAUCUGAAAGACUGCUCUCCUUUUCCAACUCACAUAUUAGAGUAUAGUUAAUGCUACAGAUUACUCAAUGAUGUAACCCUUGUCUGGUUUAUCUUCAGUAGAAUGAGCCACAUCACGUUCUGAUAUGAAAUUCAGUGGUUUUCUCCUUUACCUUGAGGCUUAAUUUUAGCACUGGUCUGUUUUCACUUUUAUCUUUUCCGACAUGAACUGCUCUUGGCUCAGUAUUGUCCAUUCCAUUGGACCUUCUUGUGAAGGGGGUAAGUGGCCUUAGGUUGCAAAGUAAGCAGUUUUUAUUUUCUAAUGCCAUUUUCGUAUUAAAGUACUUUGGUGACAAAAACAUGAUAUGAUGACAAUAUGUAAAGCAUAGAGUAAUUUGCAAUUAAUUUAUACAUUAUUAAUGUUUUUUUCUUGAUAUAUUAUUUUCAUGGAUAAGUAAAUAAAAAGUCAUAAUUCCCUUGUUUUA